AUGUACUAUAAGCUUAUUUGUGAGUGUGCUGAAUGCAACAGCGUACUGCUGCAGAUUGGCGCCGUAAAUGUCCUCGUGAAUGUGCCACUGAAGAUUCUACGGAAAUGUGCAAAGGCCAGGAAUUUGCAAGCUGCGAGCCAUUCACCUGAUGGAUGUGCGGAUGAGGGAGCUAAUUCCGGCGCUGUGAACGCCAAAAGUGCUCCGGAGGCGAAGAUAAAGGCCAAGACAGGACUGAAGACUGAGCAUCAAAACUGGCACUCGGACGUCUAUUCAGCGUUCGGUUGCUUCGAGAUUCACGUCAUUGUGGCAAAUACAGCGCGGGGACUCGAGGGACUGGACCUCCUUGGGGAAUUCUACAGCCUCAGGGACACACACGUCGUCUGCACACGACCGGCCUACACGCUGGCGAACCUUGCGGAGGAGCUCAACGAGGGGAGCUCAGACUCUACGGGCCAUAGCAUCUCGGAAAACCAGGCCCUGCUGGACAGAUUCCGCAAGGGGAUCUCGUUCAAGGGUUCACCUGCCGCUAAUGGGCAAGAGGCUCUCAGGCCCAGGAAGCCGCUCAUUACGGAUAGGGACCUUAUAGAGAGUGGAAACGUGCAUGCAGUGUCGUAUAACGAGGAUGUGGAACUGGACAUUGCGACGGAUCUAGUCUCCAGUGUGGUAUCGGUGGCGACGAGGGCACAGGACCUCCACGAAGCCUACAACAGGAAACAUUUGGAGCACAAGUCAAGAAUCGGAAAACUCGACCCAAACAACGCCAGAAAGUUUAUAACCAGACUUGUAAUCCGCGGUUUUGCCAGCGGAUUCUCACUGGGAUCCGCCAACUGGGUCAUCACUCACAGCGAUUCCCAGGUCAGUGUGGCCAUAAUUGGACCCUCAACAAUCUCCUUUAAUGCAGAACAUUGCAAAGGACUCGAUUAUGACAUUUUAAAGGCCGCCGACUACUUUGUGGUUCUGGACAGUGCAUGUUCAUUCGUCCCCGUGGGAGCGGUUGACAUAUGGAAUGAGCAAAAGCCACACCCGCUGCAGGAAACGCUGGAAAAGGUGUGCACUGAAGCCAUGUCCUCGGAACUUCCGGUACUGCUCCCGGUGGACAUUUACUCUGAGCACAUUUUUCAUAUUUUAAACGCACUCUGUGAUGGACUGCAAAAGACAACUAGCUUCAUUUACUGCGUGGGAGAGAGCAUGGUGCAUUUGUUUGAGUUUGUGGAAAAGUGCACGGAAUGGUCAAACAUGCAGGAUUUCAUCCGCUCGUUCCAAACGGAGGAUACAGAGGAUCUCGAGAUUCUACACCCACUCCACAGGAUUGAGGAUAUAAGGGAAAGGGGACUCUUGUACGUUGGAAAUACUUUGGAUGGCGUCAAGUCUGACUUCAAGACUCCAUUCAUACUCGUUUUGAGUGUCCACAGAGGCUCACCCAUGCUGGACUAUAUCAGGACUUGCAUGGAGCGAGGGGGCUACAAGCUCAUCAUAGUGGAUGAGGGGAUGGCUGCCCUGCUUAAUGAGGAUUUACAGGAUGAAGGAGCAUCGCACGACUGGGAGUUUACGAGCACAUUUCGCCUAGACUACAGGGCAGACGCCAUGGAGGUUUUACCAAUGAUCCCAGAGAGUAGGACGGUAAUCACAUCAAACAGGCUCCAUACAUUCCAUCCCAAUGCCAAGUUUGCACCGACAUACUUUGUGCCAGCUGAAGCCAAGUUUACAGGGUUCCUAAAGGGGAAGAUUAAAACGGAGGAUGUGAAGCGACUUUUGCUACCAAAGUUGAGGAAAGUAAAGGGAAUUGAUGCACAAAUCGCACUUGUGCAGGCUGACGUUUCCAAGAGCAUAAUCACUCUGCAAGAUACGGAGGAUAUCAUGAUGAUUGAUUCAUGCACUGAUACGUCUGAGGAGGGCAUGGAGAGUGCAAGAAUGGACGCCCCUGCACAAGAUUCUCCGGGUAACAAACGACCGAUCUUCUUUGGAACCUUUAGUGUGUACGAGCUCGCAAAAUUUCUAGAGUCUAGAGGGUACAGCGAUUUGCAAGUCUCAGAUUCUGAAUACCCCAAAAAAAUAUGGAACGACGACUUUGUAAUCACACUAGAAGGUCCACAAAAGACAAGUAUAGAAACAACAGACGAAACUCAUCGCAAAAAUAUAAUGCAGGGCCUCCAACAAGUACUAUCUGCAGUUUAA